ACGGCGCUGCGCAGGAGCGAGCAGGCGGGUCGGGCCUUGGAGGGCCGGAGGUUCCAUCGGGCUUCAUCCCCGCGGGAAUAGGGAACAAGAGGUCGGAAGGUCGCGAUCCGCCUUCGCCGAAGCCUCUUUUCGGCGUUCGCUGAGCUUUUGUCUCCGUCUGUACAGCGCUCGAGCGCCCCGUCAAGCUUUUGUCUUCUCCCGGGCCCUGUCCGGAAAGGCGCGGCCGAGAUGGACCCCUGUCACACCGAAGAGACCGAGGGCGAGAUCCCCGGCUUGGGCUUCAGUGACCGAAGCGAGCAGAUUGUUUCACGUGGUGUAGCGUCAGCCUUUGAAGCUGCCACCACUGAGACCGAGGCGGAGCCAAACCUGACCUCCAAUGUGAUGCUGAACACGGAGAGCAGCGAGGGAUACGUGGUGAAAGUGAGGGGGCUGCCCUGGUCCUGCUCCACGGAGGAGGUGCAGAGGUUUUUCUCUGACUGCAAAAUUCUGAAUGGAGCUUUGGGUAUUCGUUUCAUCUACACAAGGGAGGGCAGACCAAGUGGAGAAGCAUUUGCUGAACUUGAAUCAGAAGAGGAUGUGAAAUUGGCACUGAAAAAAGACCGAGAAACAAUGGGACACAGAUAUGUUGAAGUUUUCAAGUCAAACAACGUUGAAAUGGAUUGGGUUCUGAAGCAUACUGGUCCCAACAGCCCUGAUACGGCUAAUGAUGGUUUUGUACGUCUUAGAGGACUCCCAUUUGGCUGUAGUAAAGAAGAAAUUGUACAGUUUUUUUCAGGGUUGGAAAUCGUGCCAAAUGGGAUAACAUUGCCGGUGGACUUCCAGGGGAGGAGUACGGGGGAGGCCUUCGUGCAGUUUGCUUCACAGGAAAUAGCUGAAAAGGCUCUAAAGAAACACAAGGAAAGAAUAGGGCACAGGUACAUUGAGAUCUUCAAGAGCAGCCGGGCAGAGGUGCGCACUCACUACGACCCUCCACGCAAGCUGAUGGCGAUGCAGAGGCCAGGUCCCUACGACAGGCCUGGUCUCACCCGCGGAUAUAACAGUCUUGGUAGAGGAAGUGGCUUGGAGAGGAUGAGGCGCGGUGCUUACGGAGGAGGUUAUGGAGGUUAUGAUGACUACAAUGGGUAUAACGAUGGCUAUGGUUUUGGUUCUGAUAGAUUUGGGAGAGAAUGGACUCUCUUCUCUGCAGGAAUGUCGGACCACAGAUACGGCGACGGGACGUCCACCUUCCAGAGCACGACUGGCCACUGUGUCCACAUGAGAGGUCUGCCCUACAGAGCGACGGAGAACGACAUCUACAACUUCUUCUCACCUCUGAACCCUGUACGAGUACACAUUGAAAUCGGACCAGAUGGCAGAGUGACUGGAGAGGCAGAUGUUGAAUUUGCUACUCACGAGGAUGCGGUGGCCGCCAUGUCCAAAGACAAAGCAAACAUGCAACACAGAUAUGUAGAGCUCUUCUUGAACUCAACAGCAGGAGGAACUGGUGGUGCCUAUGGCAGCCAGAUGAUGGGAGCAAUGGCAUUUUAUCUUAAUCACACAGUCAAGGAGUCUGAAGGAGUGGUUCAGGAUUGGAACACAAGCACAUUGGCAGGAAGCCAAUCCAGCUACGGUGGCCCAGCUAACCAGCAGCUGAGCGGGGGCUACGGAGGAGGAUAUGGCGGCCAGAGCAGCAUGAGUGGAUACGACCCGAGCAGUCAGGGCGCCAUGAACAGCAGCUACUACAGCAGUGGGAACCGCGCGUCCAUGGGAGUGAACGGCAUGGGCGGGAUGUCCAACAUGUCCAACAUGAGCGGCGGCUGGGGAAUGUAACCAACGGCUGACUUUUGGUCAAAUCUUUUUUUAAAAAACAAAAAAACAAAAAACUAAGUUUAACAGUUUUGCAAUACGAGCUUGUGAUUUAUGCUUUACUGUAAGUGAAAUCAGGAUUGUUAUUUUAAACCUUUCGGGUUCAGUAUUUUUGAACAUACAGAAUGAACUUUCAUCUAGGAUGUAAUAACCCAGCUGAGCAGAGAUGAUAACUGUUAAACAACUCAGAGCGUUUCUCAAGUUAGUUUUGUUGUAGGAGUGUAUUUAAGCAGUAAGCGUAUUUAGGUUAAAGCUGUUUGAAUUAUGUUAAAUGUUGCUCUUAUACCAUAUUACAUCUGACACUGUUUUGAAUACAUGUUGAAAAAAACAUGCUUUUUUGUAAAGAAACAAUAUAGGAGCUGUGUCUGAAAUUCCAAGUGAACAUUUGGCAUGUUAGUUCUAGUUUAUUUCUUUUAAUACCCUGUAAGGCACGUUAAAGCUUUUUUUUUAAGUUAAUGGGGGAAACGUGUUGAGACGCAAUACGGCUACUUUAGGAUUUCGGUCUUGGUGUUCGUAUACAAUUCUGAGGCCUUGAUUUAAUCUUUCAUUGUAUUGUGAUUUCCUUUUUAGGUGUAUUGCGCUAAGUGAAACUUGUUAAAUAAAUCUUCCUUUUAAAAACUGGAA